AUACGAAGCAAAAUAUAUCAACUCUCUUUCUCUCCUCUCAUGUUCCGUAUUUUCUAUACUCUUCUCCACAAAAUCGUUUCUGGAUUUCAUCUUCCCAAACGGCUUAGUUGGCUAUGGCAGCCCAAGCUCAUCUCCUCACUUCGACGCUCUCCGCCGUAACUACCACCGUUGAUCGCGUGACGGCUCACGGAAAGCAGUCCUUCCUCUCCUUCCCCCUCCCACUGGCGGCGGCGGCGAAGAGCAAGUGCCGCCCCGUCCGAUCCAAGGCGGAGGGACAGACGGCGGCGACGACGACAACAAAAACAACAACAAAGAAGGAGGAUCCGGUAGGGUUUACCCCUCCGCUGCUAGAUCCGAACACCCCAUCCCCGAUCUUCGGCGGCAGCACGGGCGGCCUCCUCCGGAAGGCCCAAGUGGAGGAGUUCUACGCCAUCACCUGGACCUCACCGAAGGAGCAGGUCUUCGAGAUGCCGACUGGCGGCGCCGCCGUGAUGCUGGAGGGCUCGAAUCUGCUGAAAUUGGCCAGGAAGGAGCAGUGUAUGGCCCUGGGAGCCCGGCUGAGAUCCAAAUACAAGAUCAAUUACCAGAUCCACAGGGUUUUCCCUGACGGAGAGGUCCAGUACUUGCAUCCCAAGGACGGAGUUUACCCGGAAAAGGUUAACCCCGGCCGCCAAGGGGUUGGACAGAACAUGAGGUCGAUCGGCAAGAAUGUCAGCCCGAUUGAGGUCAAAUUCACCGGAAAAGAGGCCUACGAAUUGUGAUUUUCUCGGGUUUCUCUGAAAAUAUGGAGUAUUUCACUGUCUCUGUGAGUGCCUUAUGCUUUUGUUCACUGUAAUUCUGUUCUCUGUUCAUAUUGGGGAUACAGUUUCAUGCUCAGAUUGAAACAUAUGUUUAAUUCUGUUCUCUGUUAUGUAC